AUGAAUAGCCAUUCACAUCUUUCUAAAUUUGAUUAAUUUUUUCUUUUCAAGGAGGUAAUACUAAUUUUUUGCCUAGGAAAAACAUUUAUAUAGAGAGGAUAGAGAUCCUUUAGGUGUGAGUACACAAGAGCAAUAGAGUUUGAGGCGAUGGAGAGUGCAAUGAUAUCUUCGUCAAAAGUCUCGCAUGCACGCAGCACAAAUCAAUGGCUUCCAUCAGAUUUGAAGCCCCAGGUUCUAUGUCCAGGCAAAGUGAGGAAAACACACGGUGCUUGCACAAAGAAUUUAGCAUCAAUGCGUGUUCGUUGUGAGAAUAGAGAAGACAGUCCCUUGGAAAUGGACCGCCGCCGGCUGCUGUUAACGUCGUCGACAUUGGGCGUUUCGGCUUUCACGGGCGGGAAGGCCAUGGCGAAGCCAUUUCCGGUGCCUGAUCUGUCUAAGUGUAUGUACCCCACUGAUCUUCCGACUUGCGCAACAGUAGAAGGUGGGUGCUGUCCUCCAUUCAAGGAGGGAGAAACUGUCGUGGACUUCAAAUUUCCGACGUCCCUGCCUAUGAGGACGCGUAAAGCGGCGCAUCUGGCGGACGCAGAGUUAAUCUCGAAGUACGAUAAGGCACUGACGUUAAUGAAGAAGCUCCCAUUAGAUGACCCUCGGAGUUUUCUUCAGCAAGGCAGAGUGCACUGCGCAUAUUGCAAUGGAGGCUACAAGGUGGGAUCAGAUACUGUGCAGAUUCACAAGUCAUGGUUUUUCGCGCCUUUCCAUCGCUGGUAUAUGUAUUUCUACGAGCGCAUUUUGGCAACUCUCAUCGAAGACGAUACCUUUGCGCUGCCAUUCUGGAACUGGGACACCGAGGAAGGGAUGCCGAUUCCCGACAUGUUCACCGUCAACUGCAGCUCCUUGUACAACAAUAACAGGGAUCCAUGUCACCAGCCUCCCGUCCGUAUCAAUCUAGCGGCCCCGAAAAGCUGUGACUCGGGCGAUGUGAGUGCCAACUAUGCUACCAUCUAUAGCCACAUGGUGUCUGCUGCGGGAACGGCAGAGCUCUUCCACGGUGCGGCUGUUCGGUACGAUGAUGGCGAAACGACUACAUUGUCGGCGGGAGCGCUGGAAAGUUCUCCGCAUAAUCUUGUGCACCUUUGGGGUGGCUCUCCCGGUAACCCAAAUCGUGAAGACAUCGGCAGCUUAUACUCAGCAGGCAAAGAUCCUUUGUUCUAUACCCAUCACUCCAAUGUGGACCGCAUGUGGUACAUCUGGAACAACAAAUUGGGCAACAAAAACUAUGAGGACAAAGAUCUUAUGGAGACCCCUUUCCUGUUCUAUGAUGAGAAAAAACAGCUUGUAAAAGUUAAAGCCGGCGACUGUUAUGACAUAAGCAAGCUUAGAUACCAAUACCAGGAUAGAGAGCUCCCUUGGUUGAAUAAGGGGCGAUCAUUGAAGAAGGCUGGACAACUCAUUGCUAAGCCUAAAACAUCCACCUUUGAAAAGGCUGUCGAUGGCAAGGCAAAGAAUCUGUUGUCUCCUUUGACCUUUAAGGUUGAGAGGCCGAAUAAGAGUCCUGGAAAAGGGCAGGUGGAGAUUCUUAAGAUUGAGGGAGUGGAGACUGAUAGAAGGGUGUUUUCAUCGUUCGAAAUAUUCAUUAAUUAUCCCGAGGCCAACUCUAGCACUCCCUUCAACAGCCCUCAUUAUGCCGGCUCCUUUUCUACUCUUGGGCAUGGCAUCAUGACAGAAGGAUCUAUGAAAUCAACGACUACUAAGGAGACUUUCAAGGUUGGGAUUUCUGAGACACUGGAGGAUUUGGGCAUACAGAAUGAUGAUGAAAUAGUUGUUACGCUCAUCCCAAAGUCUGCCAAAGAUCUUGCUACAUAUCCCAUUACUAUUGCUUCCAUAACGAUUGAUUAUGUUAGCAAGUAAUUAUUACCUGGUCAGAAGAAGAGAGAUUACUGCCCUUUCCACUUUCUUCAUAUUGCAGUAUCAUAUUAGGAAGUAUAUUAGAAGUUGAUGUUCUGUCAUGAUUUUAAAUCAUAUUUUGUGUUAAUAAGUUGAAGUGUGGACUCUUUACUUUGACAUUAUUAUAUAGUUGAUUUCUUUUUUAUUUAGCUGAAAGAAGAUGGUAACUAUUAUAUCA